CACUCUUUGAUUGCCAUGGAACAAAAAGAAGAAAAGGAUAAGGAACCAAACUGAGAGAUCGGCUCUAACCAAAAAAUGAGCUGCUCAUUGAGCCUCCAUGUUCCAAAAGCUCUACCUCCUCUUCCCUAUUAUUCAUCACGUUCUCUCUUCAUUGCUUCCAAACACAAACCAUUCCACAACAACACUACUUCUACUCUUUCCAACCAAUCACUACAUAUAGGAAAAUGCAGCAGCCAGAAGCCAAAUGAUCCUAUCAGUCUAAAGAAACCAAAUUUGGCACUGCCCAUUGGAGCACUUCUCUUGGCCUUGGCUGACAGUCCAGCAGCAUUAGCAGUCACUGGAUUAAAUAAUAAUCCGCAAGAACUUUGGUGGAUUUUGACACAAUUGGGGGUUGUAUUCUUUUUCUACUUCCUUGUUGGGCCACCAAUAAUCUUGUUCUGGCUAUGGAAAAGAUGGUACAGAAGAAAGCUUGCGGAGAUGUAUUUCCAAUUCAUGUUUGUCUUCAUUUUCUUCCCAGCGCUCCUUGUUUGGGUACCGUUUCUAAACUUCAGGAAGUUCCCACGGGAUCCAGACAUGGAGUAUCCUUGGUCUAUACCUGAUGAUCCUUCAAAAAUAAGAAAUGCAUACUAUAAGUACCCUUUUGCUGAUCCUGAAGAUUAUGACUAGCCUUCAAACUACGACGAAACACCAACAAAUCAUAUGUACCAUUUUAUUCUUAAACUACAUUUUUGUUGAUGUAUAGGAGUAUACAACGUUUUUCUGCUUUUGAUCAUUGAAUGGGAUUCAGUUGUAAAAAUUAAAGGCAAAAUAAAAACCAAAUUUUCACUUUCA